GGAGGACGUGAGUGUUGUGCUUAUACGUUUGUCGCUACACGUGUUCGCGUUGUGACGAUAUCAAUGAAGGAUAGAAAAUUUUAAAGAAAACGGAAUUUGACGAUAUUUAAAUAAUUGACUGCACGUGCUCCCCUAUAUGUUCUAACGAUGAAGCAAUUGUCAGAGGAAAGGACAAAGCUCGUAUUCAAGAAACUAUCGAAAUACAUCGGCAACAACGUCAAGCAGUUGAUUGAUCGACCAGAUGGUAUAUACUGCUUUCGAGAGAGGAAGGACAGGGUGUAUUAUGUGUCGGAGCAGAUUUUGUCCUUAGCGAAUUCAGUGGCGUCCGAUCUUCUGUUAAGUUUAGGCACUUGUUUCGGCAAAUUCACAAAAUCCGGAAAGUUCAAACUGCACAUCACCGCGCUGUACUACUUGGCGCCUUAUGCACAAGUGAGUGCACGCUUUUAAGUUACACAUAUUUAU